CCUCAAGCAUGUCCUUCACCUCGGUAUCGCCAUCUCUUGGGCUCAAGGAUUUACAGAAACAGCUCGAACUCGCCCAAUACCACCAGGACACCCUCUUGGACGAGAACAGCGAGCUCAAGAGAAGGAUCGACGCUAUUGAGAGCAAGAUUGAGAAUGCCAAGAAAGAGAGCGCCAUGGAAGCUGCUCCUGGUGCUACUAGAAGAGGAAAAGGGGCUUGGGAAAGCAGAUAUAAGACUUUGAAGGGUGGUCUGGAGUCGCUUGUUGAAGCGGAGAAGCCGCUGGCGAGAAGAAAGAGUUUCAAGAGGUCCAAACACGACUCUGCCCCGGGUAGGCAGAUCAAACCGACAUUUCGUCUUACGGGCUCGUCUUCGACUGAUGACGACGACAACGAUCGGGAUGACACUUGGGCUUGUGCUCCGGAAAACAGAGUCAAAAACACAUCGCUUGGAAUGCAAAGAAAGAUGUUGACCGCCAAAGUCCUUGAAUCUUUCCGUGCCGCCACUGCUGAAGCCCACUCCAUCCGCAACCUUCCCCUUCCAAUCCCCGCUCGUAUAUCCGGAUACAAGAACAAGGGAAUGAAAAAGGCGCUCGUCCGUUUCGUCAUUGAACCAAACACCCCUGGCGUCGAUCGCAACAUGUUUGGGCAUGCCAGGAAGUUCUGCACCCGGGAGGGGACCUUGACCGCUCUGAGGGCAGUAGAGAAUAGAAGAGUACGAUUUGAGGCUCUGAAGGUUGGAGAGAGAGAAGGCAGCGGAGAAGAGGAGAUGGAGUGAAGGCCAGGGCAGCGUACAGCCUGUUGGAGAAGGUUGGGCGUAGGCUGCUAUUUCUGGGCUUGCUGGCCGUGUGUAUCAUAUCAUCUCUGAGGCGGUCAUGUAUCCUGUAUAGCGCA